AUGAAUCUCCAAAAAAUUAUAUUUGACGACCUCGACAAUUUACACUCAAAAUUAGACAUUCUCAUCAGAUAUUCCAAGAAUGGUUUCCGUUUGGCAAAUGUGCUUACAUUUCGUACUGAGUUGAAGUUAUUUCAGGACUACUGCCAAAGAAUCCUGGGACAGAUUGAACUAUGGAUAAUAAACUUUUUGUACACCAGUAGUCCGUAUAAAGAAAUUAGUUUUUGGAUUGAAGACACCAGUGAUUUUGGAAACUCUUUUGAGAGUUUCAUAAAGUCACUCGCUAUGUUGCAGAAUAUUAUUGAAUCAUCAUACAAACUCAUUUUUACUACAAACAUAAGUGAUGUGAUAUCAUUUGAUAGUGCGCAGCAUGAACAAAUGUAUUCUUUCGAAAAUAUUCAAGAAAGAAUCAAUUCUCUACAUUUAGAUUAUUUUUAUGAAAAGUCUAAAACCGAUGUGAUUAGUUCAAAUAGAAGGCGAUUUCAUCUUCAGUAUACAAACCUGAUAGAAGCAUUGGAUUUGCACGAUAACUACAGUAGUUCUCCUAACUUGUUUUAUGGAAAUAAGAACACAACAAAAACCUCCGAAAUAGAUUUACAGUACGAUGGCUAUAUUUCUAAAAUGAAGUAUACAUUGUAUAUUGUUUGGAAUCUAAUCACUGAUUUUUACUGGUUUUUAUUGGGUUCCAAAUUGAUCAGUCUUAAUUCUGAUUUAAAGAAUAAAAAUGAAAUAUACAAUAAAAAAGAUAUGAUAGUUAUUCAAGCUAAUCAUAAACAAAGAGUAUUCAACAAUUUAUUAGAUCAUCUAACAUGUUAUCAAUGUGUUGUAUUACUCAAAGAUAUUCAUCUAAAAUAUAUACCUUGUAAUUUAAUUACAUCUUAUAAUGUUAAUUAUGUGCAUCACAAUUUAAAUUUAAUGAGAAAUGAUGAGAAUAAUUAUAAACUGACCUUACCUAAUAAUUUGAUUACCUCACUUGAGAGCUACUAG